AUGGAAUUUCAAGCAGUGGUGAUGGCAGUUGGAGGAGGAUCUCGGAUGACAGACCUGACUUCCAGCAUUCCCAAACCUCUUCUCCCAGUUGGGAACAAACCUUUAAUAUGGUACCCAUUGAACCUGCUUGAGCGUGUUGGAUUUGAAGAAGUCAUUGUGGUUACAACCAGAGAUGUCCAAAAGGCUCUUUCUGCAGAAUUAAAUAUGAAAAUGAAGGCAGAUAUCGUAUGUAUUCCUGAUGAGACUGACAAAGGAACUGCAGAUUCUUUGCGCCACAUAUAUCCCAAACUUAAGAGUCUGUGGGUGGAGCAACGUGACUUCGUUGGCGUGGACAGCACAGGAAAGAGGCUGCUCUUCAUGGCUAAUGAAGCAGACUUGGAUGAAGAGCUGGUCAUUAAGGGAUCCAUCCUACAGAAGCACCCUAGAAUACGUUUCCACACAGGCCUUGUGGACGCACACCUCUACUGCUUGAAAAAAUAUGUCGUGGAUUUCCUAAUGGAAAAUAAGUCAAUCACUUCUAUCCGGAGUGAACUGAUUCCAUAUCUAGUGAGAAAGCAGUUCUACUCAGCUUCUUCACAACAGGGGCAAGAGGAAAAAGAGGAAGAUCUAAAGAAAAAAGAGCUGAAGUCCUUAGAUAUUUACAGUUUUAUAAAAAAGACCAAUACAUCAACCUUUGCUCCAUACGAUGCCUGCUGGAAUGCCUGUCGAGGAAAGAGAUGGGAAGACUUGUCCAGAUUGCAGGUGCGCUGCUAUGUCCACAUCAUGAAAGAGGGCCUCUGCUCCCGAGUGAGCACCCUGGGACUAUACAUGGAAGCAAACAAGCAGGUACCAAAAUUGCUGCCUGUUCUUUGUCCAGAAGAAUCACUGGUCCAUUCAUCAGCCCAGAUUGUCAACAAACAUUUGGUUGGAGUUGAUAGUCUCAUUGGGUCAGAUACACAGGUUGGAGAGAAGUCAUCCAUUAAGCACUCGGUCAUUGGCUCAUCCUGUGUCAUAAGAGACAGAGUGUCUAUCACCAAUUGUCUUCUCAUGAACUCAGUCACCGUGGAGGAAGGAAGCAGCAUCCAGGGCAGUGUCAUCUGCAACAAUGCUGUGAUCGAGAAGGGAGCAGACAUCAGGGACUGCCUAAUUGGAAGUGGUCAAAGGAUUGAAGCCAAAGCCAAACGAGUGAACGAGGUGAUCGUGGGGAGUGACCAGCUUAUGGAGAUCUGA